ACGAACAGGAGGCGGUGAGAGCUCAAAAAAAAACAGAGAAGCAGCAGUUGCGGCGACGUCGUGGAGCCGCAUAAUAGGACCCGUUGUUAGUCAUUUCGGCUGAGGGGGUGGUGGUUCUGGCUGUGAUGGAACGGUGGGCCACCGGGUCUGGCGCUCUCCAGCGUGCCGAGCCCGAACGCUCGAGCUGAUUUAUGUGGAUGAUGGAUUCAUUGACAGCUUGCCAAUAUUGAAUUAAUAUGUGCAUAUACAUAGAAUUUAGGGAGAUGACAGGAUGAAACGCAACAGACAUCUGAGCAGCAGUGACAGUUCAGACAAUGAGAGUCCUUCAACAUCAUGGUCAUCCCAUUCCAAGUAUCGAGGUGACAGGCAUGCCUCAACAAGUGGAAAGAAGAAGCCUGCUGAGGUAUUCAGGAAGGAUCUCAUCAGUGCCAUGAAAAUUCCAGAUUCCCAUCAUGUGAACCCGGAUGAAUACUAUCUCUUGGCUGAUCAAUGGAAACAGGAGUGGGAAAAGGGAGUACAGGUUCCAGCCAGUCCAGAAACAAUUCCAAGUUCAUCUGUCAGGGUUAUUUUAGAAAAAGUGAAGGACAUUUUAUUUACUAAGCCACGGAAGUAUAUUCGAUGCUCCAGCACAGAGUCCACAGAUCCUGGAUAUGUUAAUAUGUUGGAACUUGCAGAUAGCGUAUGCCGCUAUGACUUGGAUGAUAUGGACAUUUAUUGGUUGCAAGCAGCAAAUGAAGAGCUGAGAGAAAUGGGCUGUAGCUUGAUUCCUGAAAACACUAUGGAGAGAACUAUAGAAGCACUGGAACGUCAUUGCUAUGAAAAUAUGAACCAUGCCAUAGAGACUGAGGAAGGGCUUGGGAUCGAGUAUGAUGAAGAUGUUAUCUGUGAUGUAUGUCGUUCUCCUGAUAGUGAAGAAGGAAAUGAGAUGGUCUUCUGUGACAGGUGUAAUAUCUGUGUCCAUCAAGCUUGCUAUGGGAUUCUAAAAGUGCCUGAAGGGAGCUGGUUGUGUCGUACUUGUGUCCUUGGAAUUUAUCCGCAGUGUCUUUUGUGUCCAAAGCAAGGCGGAGCAAUGAAAGCCACACGUGCCGGAACCAAGUGGGCACACGUUAGCUGUGCCUUGUGGAUUCCUGAGGUCAGUAUUGCCUGCCCAGAAAGAAUGGAACCAAUUACUAAGGUGUCUCACAUUCCUCCAAGCCGAUGGUCGUUAGUCUGUAACCUUUGCAAAUUGAAGACUGGUGCUUGUAUUCAGUGCUCAGUGAAGAGCUGCAUCACAGCCUUUCACGUAACUUGUGCUUUUGAACACAGUCUGGAGAUGAAGACAAUCCUGGAUGAUGGUGAUGAGGUGAAGUUCAAGUCCUACUGCCUCAAACAUAGUAAGAACAGGCAGAGUCAAGAAGAUGACUCUGAGCCAAGUGCGAAGAUCAGUGAGCAAAAACAGAAGCAGAGUGAAACAGAGAAGAAAGGCCUGCGUGCGCAGAAGCUUCAGGAGCUGGAGGAAGAAUUUUAUACCUUAGUGAGGGUUGCCGAUGUAGCCAGUGAACUGCAUUUCUCUGAGCAGGUGGUGGAAUUUAUUUUUGAGUAUUGGAAACUGAAAAGGAAAAGCAACUUCAGUAAACCAUUACUACCUCCAAAGGAAGAUGAAGAAAAUUGCUUGGGCCAGCAAAAGGAGGACAGAAUUCAUUCCAGAAUGAAGAUGUUCAUGCAUCUACGCCAAGACUUAGAAAGGGUGAGGAAUCUUUGUUACAUGGUCAGCAGAAGAGAGAAAUUGAAAUUGUCACAAAGUAAAGUGCAAGAACAACUUUUCAAUUUGCAUAUUCAAGUUAUGAAUCAGCAUGCUGCUGCAGGGUUGCCUUUGCCAUUCCCGCGGGAAGGACUGAUGUUCCAUGACCCUCCAAGAAUCACGAUAAAGUUAAAAGCAACGCCAAAAUCUUCACGAAGUGUCAACAGUAGUUCCGCUGCUGCUGUCAAUGGUCCACUGUCCCUCAAUGUUGAAAGUAGCUUGUACAGUAAAAACAAUUUGGCAAUGCCACAAGGCUCCAGAACUAGUGAAAAGAAGUUACAGUCUCAUCACUGGCAUAAACACGAGGAAAGAAGCAAUGGGCUAUUAUUGACAGGUAUCCACCACAAACAGGAUCUUCAGGCAGGUAAUUCUUUACUGUCCACUGAAUGUCAUGUGGAGCAGACAUCUGGUAAGCCAUCAGCACUUCAUAUACCACUACGUGGACAAUCAUCUAAUUCCAACGGAAAGACUCGAGACAGCAAUAAUCCAGAUUUGCAUAAAUCAAAUGGCUUAUCGGGCAGGUCGGGCAUUGUAAUUCAGAGAGACUGUUCUAGUCAAACCUACGAUAAAGUGACAACUCUUACAAAUCAUUUUGCCAAUCAGGGUACUUUCAGAAAAUCAAAAUUGGGAGAAUUUGGCCAGUCUUGUAAAGAUAGAUUGGACAAUUUAGUGAGGACUUCGGAAGAUUUCCGAAACUGUGAAAAGCCUAUACGGAGAUCGUCCGCUAAGGAUCGCCUGUGGAGCAAGCAGCUUUCUGAGCAUCAGGCGAAGGCGGCCUAUCAGGACAAUGAUGGGUAUUGCCCCGAUGUUGAGUUGAGCGACUCAGAGACAGAAACUGACAUUAGACAAGAAAGGACCAGGCUAAGGAAAAGAAACUCUGAUGAAGAAAGUCCAGGCCAAGACUAUGGGAGAGAUUCUCGGUCACAUCAGCAUAACAAGGAGAGCAGAACCAAGUUAAACAUGCUUUGUCACAUCAGUUCAGUGCAGAGGUGAUCAAUACUUGAAUGAGGAUUUUGUGCUAUAUGUAAUUGAGCCAAUACUAUUCCACUUUUUUUUUAAAAUGCUCUCCAUGGGAAGGAAAUUUUGAACUAACUGCAAAUUGCACUCAAGAAUGACCUGGCCCAUGAACAGAAGAAUGACAACAUGUUUUUAUCAAAGAUUUUAAAGAUGCAAGUUUUCUUUAAUUGAAUGCCUUGUAGUGCUCUGGGGCAUUCUAAUUAAACUAUUAAGGAACCUCUUAAUUAUUUUUUUCUGACUAGCAUUGUUUUAUGUGCAGCAUGUUUUCAGGCACAACAGGCUGUACUGAAAGUUUUUGAUAAUCUUGUUGGGGGAAAAAUGAUUCUGCUAAUAAUUGCUUCCAAAAAAAAGUGUAAAGGUUUUCCCAAACUAAAAGCACUUGGCUUAGUGUCUUGCAUAGAAAGUAUGUUUUUCAUGAAAGGUUUUGCAUUGCCAUCUAGUCUUUAGUUAUUGUGCUGUAUAAAGUCUUUCACUGCUGUUUUUUUUCUUCUUUGUCUUAAGCUGAUUUUUCUCAUUCAUCUCCUACAUCCUAGGCCUCUUCCAUUGAGGUACAAUGGUAUUUCAACACCCUCUCCUCAUUGAGUUGUUCUGGCCAGCUUUGAACUUGCCUAAUCUUUUUGCUAGUUACAAGCAAUUACAAAUUUAAGCCUCCACAACUUAAAAACACCUUGUGCUCUCAUUAAAAUCUUCUGCCAAGGUUAAGUUACCGUGCUUCAAUUGUCUCAGACUAACCAAGUAGUUGCAAUUAAUUGCUUCCUUGUCUAGGAAAUCUCUAAGAUGAGAGGGUGGAAGUGAAAGCGUUGAUUUUUUUCCCCCUCCCCCAUGGAAAGGAAGCAGACAUCUUUUAAAUUACGGGAUAAGAUUUGGGAUGUCCUUGCUUUGGAGAGUAUUAUGGCAAUUCAUUACAUCUGUAUCACAUCCGACCUAGCACAAUGGUCGUGCACGUAAUUCCUGCUGCCAUGUUUUUUAACUACAUGAAACAUUACCUCAAAUUUGCAGCUUUUUUCAGUGUUGGCUCUUGGAUUUUAUAAUCAUGUGAUUUACUAGUAUGUUCACAGCUUUUUGUCAUGUUCAUGUACUAAAUCUUUUUUUAAAAACACUUUAUCAUGGAGAAUAUGUCUUGCCUUGCCUGCUUGCAACUGUAACCAGGGAAAACAAGAUUUUUUUUUAGCACCAUGUUCCUCUGUCAUCAGUAUUUGUAUUGGAUUUGUACAACCAAAAGUUCAAAGUUUACCAAAAACAGUACGUGAUGGGAGAGCCCAGUAAUAAAUCCAUUUAGUAGUCUUAAUAUUGAUGUUGGGAAAUGCUAAUUUAGUUUUUCUAUUUAAGCACUAAACUACACUGAAUUUGCACAAGCUAUUUAAUUCAGAAAUAAUAAAUCUUUCUCCUUUCCUCUUUCCUCCCUUUUCAACAGCCACUGUUGUUUUUGCCGUGUAGAGUGACAUAUUUAAUUUUGAAAAGGCAAUUUCUCGUCACAGGUUCACCCCAUUUUGAUGUUGUGACUGAAUUGUUUCAGUCAUAGCAUCAUAAGUUGUCGCAGGAGUAUGCCAAAUGGUCCCUUGUCCUGCAAAUUGCUCAGCAAGACCUUAACUUCACUUGCCCACUUAACUCCCUUGAUCCCAAUAUCCUUUGGCUUCUUUAACAUCCACAAAAUCUCAACAUUUUAGCAUGCAUGAUGACUGAGAUCCAUAGCCCUCUGGGAUAAAGAACUCUAGUGUAUUUAACCCUCUGAUUGAAGAAAUAAUUCCUUUGUUACUGAUCCUUUAUCCUUGGAUUCUGCUUCCAUAUUGAAAGCUCUCAUCCUGAGGAAACAACUAGUUAACUUUUAUCCCAUCAGUUUCAAUGACCUUGACUCAUUUUCCUGAACUCUGUCAGUGAAAGGUCAUUCUUAUUUACCUCCCAUGUAUGACAGUGCCCUCAUAACAAGAAUCAGUAGUGAAUCAGUACAGCACUGCCCUGCAAUGGGCAUGUCCUCCCAGAUCAAAACAAAUCAAACCCCGUGGCCUCACCAAAAGCCCUAUAAUAAUUUAGAAAAAAAUCACUUUAAUACUUGUACUCUAACCCACUUUCUGUUUAGGCCAGCUUGCAUUUCUAAUUUCUGUCAAUACUUGCAUGUUUUAACUCCAUAAGACUCGAAAAAAUUAGGGCAUUUGGCUUACUGAGUCUGCCUUGUCAUUCAGUCAUGGCUAAUUCAUUAUCCCUCUCAACCCUAUUCUCCUGCCUUCUCCCUCCAACCUUUAACAACUUAUUAAUCAAGAACCUAGCAAUCUCCGUUUUAAGUAUAUCCAAUAAUUUGGCCUCCACAGUCAUCUGAGGCAAUGAAUUCAACAGAUUCACCAUCCUCUAGCUAAAGAAAUUAAUCCUCGCCUGCCUUUCUAUUGAGGCUGAGCCCUUUGGUCUGAGAUUCUUCCACUAUUUGAAACAUCCUCUGUGUUCUCCACCUAUGCCUUGAAACUAAUGAAUGUUGAAAUGAGAUUUGCCCCUCAUUUUCUAAACUUCAGUGCGUAUAGGUGCAGAGCCAUCAAACACCAGAGCCAGCAACUAUCUUUCUUCGUUGAUUCUCAGAUCAUUCUUGUGAACAACUUCUGGAUCUGUUCAAAUGCCAGCACAUUUUUUCUUAGAUAUGGGGUCUAAAACUGCCCACCAUACACCAAAUCUGAUACGAUCAAUGCCUUUUGAAGUCUCAAGUUUUUCAUUUCAAAUCUCACUGUACACAAAUUAGUUUAUAUCUAUUGUGACAAAAAUCAUUAACCUGUCAAAAUUACCUUCCAUCUGUCCUCACUUUGCCCUAUUACUCAUCCAGACUAUAUCCUUUUGGAGAUUGAAUCAUCUUCAGUUUACUUUCCAAUCUGUCUUUGUAUUGUCAAGAAACGUGAAUAUAUAACACCCUGCCCUUCAUUUUAGUCAUUAAUGUAAGUUUAUAUAUAGCACUAAUCCUUGUGACACACCGCACCUCAAUAGUUAAAGUAUCAAGCUUGAAAAUGACCCAUUUAUUCCUACUGUUUUCAGUCUAAUCAUUUGUCUAUAUGAAUAUUUUACUCCCAAGCCCAUGAUCUCUUAUUUCAUUUAACAGCCCUUUGACAAAUUAUCAAAAACUUUUUGAACAUCCAGAUUAAUAUUCACUGUUUCCCAUGUUAGCUAUGUUCUCAAAAAAAUCUGUUGGGUCUACCAAUUUCUUUUACAUAAUAUUGUUGACUCUGCCAAGAUCAUUGAUUUUCCAAGUGCCCUGGGACCAUAUUCUUAAUAAUGGAUUUCCACUGUUUUCUCAACAACUAUGCCAGAUCUACUGAUCUGUAAUUCUUUAUUUCCUCUUUUUGACUGUUUAAAAAUCUAGAGUAUUUUGGAAAUGAAUAGUUAAUCCUGACGUUAUCUCUGCAGUCACCUUUUUUAAAAAAUUCUGAUAUGUAGACCUUUGGGUUAAGGGGGUUGGGGGGAGUCAGUUUUUAAUUGCCUUAAUUUCACCAGUGCUUUCUUUUUAUUUAUUAAUCUUAAUGCAAAUGACUUUUACAUCUCUAACCCUUAUUAGACCUGUAGUUCUCCACAAUCAUAGUGUUUUCUUUGUGUCUUCUGCUGCAAAGAUAAUAUAAAUAAUUAAUAUCUCAGCCUUUUCCAUAUUUUUAUUUUAUAAUUUCUCCCAUUUUUCUGUAAGGAUCUAUUUUAAUACUUUACUGUGCUCAAACUUUUAAAAAUCUUUUCAUUGCUGUUUAGUUUUCUUUUUCCAGGGGUCGAAAUCAUUGCUGGAACUAAAGAGUUGUUAAACAGCUCCCUUCAUGUCUUCCCCACUUGAUACCUAGCUUAUCAUUGCACCUGUGUGUUUGAUAGUGAGUUUGACUUUGACUUUAAAACAGUUCCUCUUCAAAUAAAUUUUCUUCGUAAACCAAUCUGUUCAUUUUAAAUUUCAUAUGCUGAGAUUUUUUUUAAAAUUCCGGAGCUGUGAUUCAUAUGCAAAAUGUCAUAGAUUAAAGAAGCAGUAGUUUUUAUAUAUAGCAGAUUUUAGAUGCUCUCAGUAGCAGAAGCAGUUGUAUAAUUUUUUUUGCUUCCUCUGGUGAAUAAUAUGCAUGGAACGUUUUGUGGUGCUACCAUAAUAAAUACUGCAAGUUAAACACCAUAGAGCUAUUGGUGCUGUCUUUUGCCUUCAAAUGAGGCUACUUAUUUUUGAAGAGAAUCUUUCAUCCUUCUCUAGAAAUGGAGUACUGUAAAAUGUUAGCACAACUCAUUCUAAAUAAUUGAAGAAAUGAAAGAAACUGGGCUGUCCUCAAUGUGUAUGAUGGUUCAUGUGUUCAGAUUCACUGUUCUCUUUAAAGUAUGAAUCUUUGUUACCUGAAUUUUGUGUUUAUGUACUUCAAUUGUUUUAUAUAUUGAAAAUUCUGGAGUUUUGUCACUGACAUUUUUUCCAGGACAUUCUCUUUUACAGGUAGUUUUCUGAUUAAAAAUAGCAAAAACAAUGCACAAAAUGCUGUUUAGUUCUUUCGUGUAUUCUAGGCAUGCUUGCACUGCACUUAUUAAAUUUAAA